UAAUUUUCUAUUACUACUGGUACAAAUGUUAAGAACUCCGACAACUAGUAGCUGCGGCGGCAGCGGUGGUAUCCCUUUAACAAUCACCACCUCCGCUCAAUCACCAAAUCCGUCGGACAUGGGUGAUCAGAGCCACCACCGGUCUUCUGCGUCGAGAGCUUUCCAGUUUCACCCCGCCAGACCCGCCAUCGUGGACCUCUUUAACCUCUAUCUCGGUAGAAAUGGCCGCCAUAAAUCAGAUGAUUUGAUCCGAGAACCUCCGAAUAAGACACAGAAGAGAGUUACUGCUCUGAAUAGAGAUAUUCCUCCAUGCAAUGGACAAUUUCUUUCAGAUUUUCAGCAGCUUCAGAAUCAGUUUCCUGAUCAUGACCAAUUGCGUACUGUGGUGGAAUCUGUGCUUGUGUCUCUGGUUAUCCAGUGUAGUGGUCAUGCACCGAGAGCAGAGUUUAUUCUUUUUGCUUUGAAUGGUUUGUACAGUGUUGGGUACAUAUGUUGGGAUUCUUUUCUACCAUCUCUUCUUUCUUCUGUCACCUCUGCAGAGAUGUCGGUGGGUAUCUCUUCUGCAGCUUCGCCACAGCCUGCUGUUUCUUCUACGUCUUUAUCGAACGCUGGGAUGUUACCAUCGUCUGCUGUGGCUCUCAAUUUCUCUAAUUUUCAGUCUCCAAAUCCGGAAUCUCCUUUAAUUUCAGUUCAUGGAAUUGGAUCCCCAUCUCAAUCAGCAAAUGAACCAUCAUGUACAGCUUUGUCGCCUGUAAAAUCAUCCGAUAUCAACAGCACUGGACAGCAGGCUGCAGCAAGAGGUAACAUGUCUAGGAGAGAUUCUGCCAUAAGUACUCUGCGUAAGUUAUCUUGCGAGAUAAUAUUUUCUGCCUUGGAAGCCAAUUUAAAGCCAACUACCCAUGCUGAUAUUUUCUAUCACAUGCUAAAUUGGCUGGUAAACUGGGAUCAAUGGCAACAAGGGAGUGAUGAGGUUGAUGGAGUAAAAUCUUUGAAACGGGAAAAGGCCUUAUUUGAAUGGCUACAUAAGUGUUUAGACGUGGUUUGGAUGCUGAUUGAGGAUAACAAAUGCCGUAUACCCUUUUAUGAGCUAUUGCGAAGUGGACUACAGUUUAUAGAAAAUCUACCUGAUGAUGAGGCACUCUUUACACUCAUUUUGGAGGUUCACAGGAGACGAGAUAUGAUGGCCAUGCACAUGCAAAUGUUAGAUCAGCAUCUUCACUGCCCUACGUUUGGGAAUCAACGUCUUCUGUGUCAGGCUGCAAUUAAUAUGUUAGGUGAAUCAACUGCAAAUCUAAGAUACUCACCUAUUACAUACCCAAGUGUGCUUGGAGAACCGUUGCAUGGGGAGGAUAUUGCUUUCUCGAUUGAGAGAGGAAGUCUUGAUUGGGAUAGAGCUAUGCGUUGUAUUAGGCAUGCCCUUCGAAAUACUCCAUCACCUGAUUGGUGGAGGCGUGUGCUUCUUGUGGCACCUUGUCAUCGAGUGCAUUCACAAGGACCAACUCCAGGUGCUGUCUUUAGUUCUGACAUGAUCUGUGAGGCAACCAUUGACAGGGUUAUUGAACUCUUGAUGCUUACAAAUACAGAUGCUAAUUGCUGGCAGGAGUGGCUUAUCUAUUCAGAUGUGUUCUUUUUUCUCAUGAAAAGUGGUUGCAUAGAUUUUGUUGAUUUUGUGGACAGGUUAGUUUUACGCAUAAGUGAGGAAGAUCACCAAAUUCUGAGGACGAAUCACGUCACAUGGUUGCUUGCGCAGAUUAUUCGGGCUGAGCUUGUAAUGAGCGCUUUAAACACAGAUUCAAGAAAGAUGGAGACGACCAGAAAAGUUUUGUCAUUUCAUAAAGAAGCUAUAAGCUCGGUUUCCAGUAACCCCCAAAGUAUCCUACUUGACUUCAUUACCAGUUGUCAGACCCUUCGCAUUUGGUCACUGAAUUCAUCAACCAGAGAAUAUUUAAAUAGUGAGCAGCUUCAUAAAGGAAAGCAAAUUGAUGAAUGGUGGAGGCAAGUAAGUAAAGGGGAUCAUAUGAUGGACUAUAUGAAUUUGGACGACAGAUCAGUUGGUAUGUUUUGGGUUGUGUCUUACACUAUGGCGCAACCUGCUUGCGAGAUGGUGAUGACUUGGUUAACAUCUGCUGGGCAUGCAGAAUUACCAGGACCAAAUCUACAGGCUAACGAGAAAAUUUCAGUGAUGCGGGAGGUUAAUCCUGUACCAGUAUCACUGUUGUCAGGAUUUUCAAUUAAUUUGUGUCUGAAACUGGCUUUCCAGAUGGAAGAUGCUAUGUUUUCUGGACAGUAUGUACCUAACAUUGCCAUGGUCGAAACAUAUACUAGGUUGCUGCUUAUUCAACCUCAUUCAUUGUUCCGCUCACAUUUAAGUCAUCUGCAUCAGAGGAAUUCUGAAACUUUUAAUAAGCCUGCAGCUACACUUUUAAUGCUUGAAAUUCUCAACUAUCGGUUAUUUCCUUUAUACAGGUACCAAGGGAAGAGCAAGACAUUGAUGUAUGAUGUUACGAAAAUUCUCUCCACACUAAAAGGCAAGCGUGGUGAUCAUCGUGUAUUUAGGUUGGCUGAGAACCUGUGCAUGAAUCUCAUUAUGUCGUUGAGAGAAUUCUUUUUUGUGAGGAGGGAAGGGAAGGGACCUACUGAGUUUACAGAAACAUUGAAUCGUGUAACUGUAGUGACUCUUGCUAUUAUCAUUAAGACACGUGGAAUUGCUGAUGCUGAGCACCUUUUAUAUCUUCAAACAAUGUUAGAACAAAUAUUGGCUACUAGCCAUCACACAUGGUCAGACAAGACCCUCUGUUACUUUCCAGCUGUUCUACGUGAUGCCUUAAUUGGGAGGACAGACAAGAGGGACCUAGCAAUCCAAGCAUGGCAACAGGCAGAAGCAACUGUGAUCCAUCAGUGUACACAGCUUCUCUCACCACCAGAUGAUCCCACUUAUGUCAUGACUUAUAUAAGUCACAGUUUUCCUCAACACCGACAAUAUCUCUGUGCUGGAGCGUGGGUACUGAUGCGUGGACACCCUGAGAACAUUAACAGUGCAAACCUGGGACGCGUGCUUAGAGAAUUUUCCCCCGAGGAAGUGACUGCAAAUGUGUAUACCAUGGUGGAUGUCCUUCUGCAUAAUAUUCAGUUGGACCUACAACAUGGACAUUCCUUGCAGGAUCUUAUAUUAAAUGCCUGUGCAAAUCUCGCACACUUUAUUUGGAACCACGAGUUGCUGCCUCCAGAUAUUUUGCUUCUGGCGCUAAUUGACCGUGAUGAUGAUCCCCAUGCUUUGCGUAUUGUGGUUAAUUUACUUGAACGACAAGAACUUCAACAGAGGAUAAAGUUUUAUGUUGCUAAUCAUGACAAUCCGGAGCAUUGGCUUCAAAAUGGAAUAUUUAAGCGUAUUGAAUUGCAGAAGUCUCUUGGCCAUCAUUUGUCAUGGAAGGAAAGGUACCCAACAUAUUUUGAUGAUAUUGCAGCACGUUUACUCCCUGUCAUCCCCUUAAUCAUUUAUCGGCUAAUUGAAAAUGAUGCCACCGACGUAGCUGAUAGAGUUCUCCAAUUGUUUUCAUCUUUCCUUCGUUACUAUCCUUUGAAUUUUACAUUCGUACGUGAUAUACUUGCAUAUUUCUAUGGACAUCUUCCAGGAAAGCUCAUCUUUCAGAUACUGAAUGUACUUGAUAUAAAAAAGAUGCCAUUUUCAGAGUCAUUUUUACAGCGUGUCAAUUCGUCAAAUGCCAUAUGUCCACCAUUGGAGUACUUUGCAUCUCUUUUAUCAGGUCUUGUGGCUAAUGUCAUCCCUCCUCUAUGUAACUUGAAAGGGGAGGGUUCAAAUCAGUCUGGAUCAACAAAUGCUUUCGAAUGUCAAAAGCCAUUCUAUCAGAUACAAGAUCCUGGCACAUAUACCCAACUAAUUCUUGAAACUGCAGUUAUAGAAAUCCUCUCUCUCCCUGUAACUCCGGCACAGAUUGUUUCGGCAUUUGUACAGAUUAUUGUCCACAUACAACCAACUCUUAUUCAGUCUAAUCAUAGCUUCCAUGAAUCAUCAAAUAGUUCAGAAUCAUGUUCUGCUUUGGCAACUUCCCCAUCAGGAGGAAUCACCGAUUUUUUAGAUGGUCGCAGAUCAAAUCCUUCAACUACAGAACUAGACCUUCCAGAUUUUGUUUCACAGAGUGGUUAUACGUACCAGAAGUUGUCUUGUGUGCUGAUUCAAGCUUGUGGUCUCCUGUUGGCUCAGCUUCCUGCUGAAUUCCACAUACAGCUUUAUGCAGAGGCUUCACGUGUCAUCAAAGAGAGUUGGUGGCAUGCAGAUGGAGGGCGGUCUACUAUUGAACUAGAUUCUGCUGUUGGUUAUGCUUUGUUGGAUCCGACAUGGGCUGCUCAAGACAAUACCUCCACUGCCCUUGGAAAUAUGGUGGCGUUGCUCCAUGCUUUCUUCAGUAAUCUUCCACAGGAAUGGCUAGAUAAAACACACCUCCUUAUAAACAACCUAAGGCCUGUUUCCUCCAUUGCAGUGCUGAGAAUAGCCUUUCGCAUAAUCGGUCCACUGCUGCCAAGAUUAGCAAAUGCUCAUAGUCUCUUCACUAAGACUCUUGAACUGCUUUUAAGCAUGAUGGUGGAUGUGUUUGGGAGGAAUAGUCAGCCAUCACCUCCUGUUGAAGCAUCAGAUAUAACAGAUCUUAUAGACUUCCUUCACCAUAUUGUGCAUUACGAAGGACAGGGAGGGCCUGUACAGCCGAAUUCUAAACCGAAACCCGAUGUAUUGGGUUUAUGUGGAAGAGCGAUUGAAAACUUGCGAAAGGAUGUACAGCAUCUUCUUUCUCACUUAAAAACCGAUGGGAAUUGUUCGAUUUAUGCUGCUGCUGCUACGAAUCCGAAACUGUCUCAGAAUCUAUCCUGAAGGUUUCUCCAGUUUCAGGUUAUUUUAGGAUUUGUAUAGAUGAAGUGAGUGGUGUGUUUUAGGAGAUGAAAUUUUGGCCAUCAGCCAAUUGGUUUUGGAUGAGUUGGCAAUAUAA